GAAUUCUUGCUUACAAACACUGACUGAUCUGAUUCACCGUAAUUUCCUGCUUCACAAGUAACAAGACGAGCCUAGACGACUCGAGCAAUCCGAGGCCCCAUCCAACAGGAAUCAAAAUGGCCACGGGGAGGGGCACCCACUCCAGUUCGAGUGAAGUGAAUGGAAAAUUGUCAGACUACAAAACCCCACCCAGAAAAAAUGGCCAUGUAAACGGUGUGAAAAAGAACGGGAUUAACGGAAAGCGUGAUCACACAAAAUGGCAAGAGGAUUUCUUUGAGUCAUUUGAGGAAACACCUCUUCUCGUGGCCAUCCUAACUUACCUUGGCUAUGCUUUGCUUGUAGUGAUCGGACAGAUCAGAGAUCUCAUGAGAGCUUAUGGAAUUGAAAAAGACAAAAGCUGCACAGAGCCAAAAUUAGAGGGCUUUGUGCCGCUCUUCUUGAGUUGGGAGAGCUUUUACACCAGAAACUUAUAUAGACGUGCGCGUGACUGCUGGAACAGACCUAUCUCCAGUUGCGCUGGCGGGCGCAUUGAUGUCAUGGAGAGAAUCUCUCCUGAUUACGGAUGGAAUUUUCAACUGACGGGGAAAAAGCUGGAUGUUAUGAACUUUGGUUCGUACAACUACCUGGGUUUUGCAGAGAACACAGGCCCGUGUGCCGAUAAAGUGGAAGAAACAACAAGGAAAUAUGGAGUGGGUGUGUGUGCCAGCCGUCAGGAGAUGGGUUAUAUGGACAUUCAUCGUGAGUUGGAUGAUCUGACUGCGGAGUACCUAGGGGUGGAAGCAGCUAUCACAGUGCCCAUGGGUUUUGCCACCAACUCCAUGAACAUGCCUUCCCUUGUCGGCAAGGGAAGCCUUAUCCUCAGUGAUGAGCUGAAUCAUGCGUCCCUGAUCCUGGGCUCUCGUCUGACUGGUGCUCUUAUUCGCACGUUCAAGCACAAUGACAUGAGAGACCUGGAAAAGAAACUGAGAGAUGCUGUAACAGAAGGUCAGCCCAGAACACACAGACCCUGGAAGAAAAUUUUGAUUGUUGUGGAGGGUGUUUACAGUAUGGAGGGUUCCAUCGUGCGUCUGCCAGAUGUGAUCAGGCUGAAGAAAAAGUACAAGGCUUACAUCUACCUGGACGAGGCUCACAGCAUCGGGGCAAUGGGUCCCCAUGGAAAGGGUGUGGUCGACUACUUUGGCCUUGAUCCCCGUGAUGUGGACAUCAUGAUGGGAACAUUCACCAAGAGUUUUGGAGCGGCCGGAGGAUACAUUGGUGGAACCAGGCGUCUGAUCAACCACCUGAGAGCCAACGCCCACAGCUGCAUCUAUUCGACUGCCAUGUCACCGCCUGUUGUGCAGCAAAUCAUCAGCUCUAUGAGUACCAUCAUGGGUAAAGAUGGCACGCAGGAAGGCAUGAAAAGGAUCAGGCAGCUGGCAUGGAAUGCGCGUUACUUCCGGAAACGUCUGCAUGAAAGGGGCUACAUCCUAUAUGGCAACAAAGACUCCCCGGUGGUUCCUUUACUUCUCUAUAUGCCUUCUAAAGUCGCUAUGUUCAGCCGAGAGACCCUUCGUCGCGGCAUGGCCACAGUUGUGGUAGGCUUUCCAGCUACGCCCCUCAUUGAGACAAGAGCCAGAUUCUGUUUGUCUGCAGCUCACACGAAGGAAAUGCUGGACGAAGCCAUACAGAUCAUUGAUGAUGUGGGAGAUUUGCUUCGACUGAGGUAUUCCAGCCUUCCAGCACCAGAUUUUUCAGAGGAUGAUAUUGAACUUAUCCAGUAACAUCUACCUGUGCACAGACUUAAAUUAUUGUCGACUACAACAGCUGUUUCGGACAAGAACAUCUCAAUUGAUUGAUCAUGACUGACAACUAAAGACCUGUGAUAUCCAGUCAGUGCUCGCUAAUUGUGAUAUUUAUUAGCUGUAAGGACAGGUUCUCUAGUAUGUAGAAGUAUGACGAAAUACUACCAAAAAGUUUUGCUUUUCAAGUUCAGCUAAGAAGUUUCUGUUUGAGCCACCAGCCUGAGAGUCCAGUAGAUUUAUGUGAUUAACUUUCAUUUUGCUUGUAUUGCUUUACCUGCCUUAUGUCAUGCCUAAUGAUUGUAUUUGUUGGCAGAUGUCAAGUCUUUGGUUCUCUUUACUUGUUAAUGCUUCCUUUUUAGCAAAAAAACGUAUAUAGAUUAUAUAAAGUCAUAUAAAGUAAAAUGAGUCUGUCCUUUGCCUCGCAGAGCAGGUGCUCUCAAAUAUUUUUUGAUCGCCCAUGAGAUUCUAUAAUUAAUACUGUUUUACUUUCUGAGGAGGAACAUCUCAAAGACUGUAAGACGGAUCUUACUUGAAUUUUUUUUCCAGCUGAAUUCACAUCUUCAUGGAGUUUGCCAUAUGUCUAUACCGGUAUUAUGGUUUUGCUGUAUGAUUAUGCACAGAUGAGUUCUUUUAACUGCUUUCCUGAUUUCUAGAGAUGUUUGUAGUAUACAGUAAAACCCUGAUAAAACGAACUUCACGAGACCUGAGAAUUUGUUUGUGUUUAGCAAAGUGCGAAUGAAAAGAACCUGUAAAAUGGGAAGGCUGUUCCUUUCUGUACAUUGCAACCAAAACUGACAAGAUCACAUGCUGGGCUGUGUGGAACCUAUUUUUUUGUCAUUAAUAGCACAUGCAGAGCUGCUAACUUUUGGAGAUUGAGAAAGGGGCGUCCAUAUUUUCAACCUUAGAUGGAUGCCUUGACUGCACAGAAUGAGAUUCAAGGGAAGUUGUAGCUAUUUCCUUGAUGGUUUUCAUGCUAAUACUCAGUUCAAGUUGAAGAUCAAAUUUUUUUUCUUCUUUUUAAUGUAAUUAAUAAAUAAUAGUUCCUGGUAGCACAUUAUCAAGAUAUCUGAAAACUGAAAAAUUGGAUGUUUCCAUUAAUUCUUUGAUUCCAGGAUGCCACUUCAGCAGCAUAUUUGGCUCCGCGUUUUAGUGGAUCUCCACCUAAGUGGCAUUUUUGGGGGGCACUUAUUUCAUCAACCCCAAGAUCUACCCCUACUCCUGUGCUACAUUUACUAGCUAUUUUCACCUGCACUGUGAGUCUCUGUCUAAUUACGUAGAGUUUGAGUUCACACUCAAACAUAUCCGUCGAUAUUUGACUGAAUUAUACCCAUUUUAAGGUAACACCCUGGGCUGCCUCUAAUGAGGUGUGUGACAUUUUUGGAAUUAGGGAUGGUUGACAGUUACACAUAGUGUCUCAUCUCAAGGUUUUUUUUCCCACGCAUUUCCUGUAAACAGCAGGUGGUGAGAGAGUAGUGUUAAUCAGCUGGAAUUUCUUAUUGUUUUAAGAGAAGUUGCAAUGCAUAGAAUAAAGAAGGGGAAAGAACGGGGUUAUAAAAUUUACACAUUUUUCGCAUUAACAGGAAUUUGGUGUCAAACAGGUUCGUGUUAAACAAAAUCUACUGUAUAUUAAAGGCAUGCUCUGAGUCUAGAUUUGGUUUGAUAAAUUGGAAUCGGUGUGUUUACAUACUACUAAUUCUUAUGGAGUUGGGUUUUUAAAAACAAAUUGACCCGUUCCAAAGCAAAGAUAGCUUGCUACAAAGUAGGUCCUGGCUGCUAUUGGCUUAAAGUGAAACUUGUACUUAUCUGAUGUGGAUGGUGGAAUCUGGAAUAUUUGGUACACUUGCCCUUUUUCCAAAGGCGUCGGUGGAAUGAAGCUAAGAGAAGUGGGAUUUUUACCAGGUUGUUUUGUGGUUAAAGACUUAAGAAACAUCUGUUAGAUUUCAACUCAGUCGGACUUUGUAGUAAGUGACAUUUGCGAGGAAUGAGAUAUUUAUUGUAGUGGUGAUCAGCCUCUUAAAAAACAUUUAUCAUUGAAAUGCAGCUUGUCAGUUUUAUGUAUGCACCUCGGGAAUGUAUUGAUAAUCGCUAUGGAAGGUAUGGACAAAAGUAUACCUUAAUUGUGCUAGAAAUGAAAAUGUACAUUUUAACUUUUAUUUGUAUUGUUUAUAUUCUAUUGUGCUUCAGUCUUCAUGAGAACCCCUUUCAUUUCCAUUGUAUAAGUUUUUUUGUUUUUUAGAAAUAUAUCUAUACUUGUUUGUUAAGGGUCAUAGUUGUCUAUCAAACUAUGAAAGGUUUGCGGGUCAUUAUCUUUCUCCCCUCUGAAGUGCCAGUGUCACGUUCAAUUGGCAUGUCGUUCCCCCUCGCUCACCUUGACAUACAAGAACAUUUUGUUCUAGUUCUUUAUAGCUUCCUUCUUAUUUCUAUUAGGAGGAUGAUCUGUUUAUAUAUUUUACAGCAUAUCAGGAAGAAUCAAAAGGCUGUCCUGUUGUGGAGAAAAAAAAUUCCCUCAAAACAGGAAAAGCCUUGCUGUAUUGCUCAUUUACUGCCCCCUCAUCUUGGCUAGCUUUGAAAUCCCCACUCUUUUUAUCGUUUUCCUUAGACAAACUUUGAAUGGAAGUGAUUUGUUUUCACCUCCGAGUCCCUAUCACACACACACACUUAUGGGUCAAGAAACAUCAUGUUGACAAGUUUAAAAUGAACAAAGCAGUCGUGUUAAUGUUGUUGUGAAAUAUUUCAUUCAAUGUCCUUUGUCCUUCAGCUUGUUUGUGGUGAAAUGAGAGCUCAAUAUUCAAGGCACGGGGACACUGUUAGUGUCAAAUACAAGAUGCUUUAUUGCUUGUUUGCUCAGAUUGGUUUCUUGAUUUCUUUAUUAAAAUUGUGAAGUUAAUGGAAUUCCAAUCUGUGUUAUCAUUUUGAGCACAUGAUCACUUGUUAAAUUCUGGAGUGUUACGAUUUCCAUUUUUGAAUGCUUUUCUUUUUUAAUCUUGGGAGGGGUGGAGAAUUACUUUGGAUGGAUGUUUACUUAUUUCAUGGAGAGGAAAAAUGUUCAAGGAAAGAUUAUUAUUCACUUUAAUCUUUCUCCUAUAUUUUAGACAUUGGUUUGUGAGAUAUAAUCGAUGUUGAAUAAAGAAAAAAAAUGCAGCUCACACUGGUACCCUGUUUUUGCUUGUUUAGGCACUAAAGUUCCAUUACAACAAUGUCGGAAUAAGAAUAGAAAGCAGCCAAGAAGCCCCUGGGAAAUGAGGUUUUUCAAAGAAUAAGUCGCUUUGUCGUUUGGAUAGCUUCUUUGAAGACGAGCAGCUGUGUUACUCUCUUUUAGAUCUUGGUGCACUUAAGAAUAAAUGAAUAUGUUUAUUAUUGAAUGUUGUCUUGAAUCAGAAAUGUAAAAUAACUUAUUGGACUACUGGUAUGAGAUAUUUAUUCUUGAAUGGAUUUAUGCUGAAUUAUUAAAAUGAUAUGCUUUGUGUUC